AUGAUGAAGGGAAGCCCAAAAUAUGAAGAGUUAGACUCGGAAGAUCAAUCUAUUCCUACAGAGACUGAAGACAUUGUGAUUUCAACUUCUGAGCCGGAAAUUAAAGAGGCUCAUGUUUCUCUUAUAGUUGUAGUGGCUGAGGAUCAUGAUCAACUACAUUAUGUGGAAGUUGAAACACAAAUUAUCCAUGAAGAAAAUGAUGAAGAUCUUAAUGAUGAUGUGGAGUUUUUGAAAGAGAUAAAUUUCACCGGGAUCAGUGAUGAUAUCCCUACAAACAUUGAACUCGAUAUUGACGAUGACGAGUUUGGUCCAUUUCCGGGGUUUGACAACAACUGUUUUAGAAAGGUCAAUGAAGUUGCUUCUUCAGCAACCAAGACUAAGGAAGACAGUAAUGUUCUCAAGAUUUUGCUCUCUGCUUCCAAGCCUUUGGAGAUUUCUUCAGGUCAAAGAGAUGUGAAUUUAGAGAUUCGUCCCUCUGUUUCAACUGUCUCUACUUCUGCUCCUCUUGUUGUUCAAUCAUCUCAGUCCCAAACCUCCCAGUCUUUUUUAGAAAGAAAUCAAUCAAAUACAAGUCUGGAGGUGCCCAUUGUCAGCCAUGCACCUCAGGUCUUUUCCACUGUUACCACUACUACUGUUUUCACUCCACCAAUACAAUCAAAUGAAGGCCCUAGCACAAUGUUUGAGACAGGUAUAUCUUUCAAGGAAGAGCAUUCAGGUGAAGACAAGUCUACUGUGUCAGAACUUCGAGAACAAAUUAGUGUUCUCGGGCAGGAACUUAUUGAAAAGAACAUUCAGCUGAAACAACUCGUUUCUCACGUAGAAGAGCUUAAAGAAAGGGAUGAAGAGAAAACAAAACAGAUUAAGGAUCUGCAGACGAAUCGUGGCUCUAUGACUGCUUUCUACUUCAAUUUGAAGAACGUUCUGUAUGAUGCUUUCGCGGAUAAAGUUAAAGCGUUAUUUCAGCAACCACACGGAAUUGAGGAUCCUCCCAUGGCCCCCACACAAUCUACUUCAGGCGAUCUUCUAGUUGAUCCACCUCCUCCUAGAACAACUACAAUUGUCGAUAGAUUUGUAAAGGAACCUGAAGGCAGCAGAGCCCGCAUCACAAUCAAACAGGGAAAGAGGAAUGUUAUGGCUAACAAAAGCGAAGGGUUACUCUUCUUGAAAAAUUCAAACGAGAAUCGCAGAGACAAAAACCCUGUCCUAACCGUGACUGAUCUCAAAAAGAGAAAAUUUGGUGACGAGUUCGGUGACAGAUCUAGAAUCAAAAUGUGGGCAUUUGAUCCCGAGUUAAACAUGUGGGUUGUGAAAAGGAACUUAGGAAUUUCUGAGUACUACAAGAGCACACAUGAUUUUAACUCAUGGACCAAAGUGGAUCUUGCUGAACUUUCGAGAGCCCCAUUCUAUAAUCCCUCUGAAGAUCCCGGCGCGACAAACUUCAAAAGAUUUCUUGAUAGACAGGUUAGAGAAAACUUUCCAAAAAUGAAGACUGCAAGAGCUUUAUAUAGAAAAGAUCAAGAUAUUCUAGAUCCUGAAUCAGGCAAACCUAUGAGGAUUAUUCUUUGGCCAACGACUAAACAACAGAAGGAAAUUCCUAUUCCUCACCACUUCCGUGAGGGAUACCUUAAUAAUAUGGAAUUAUGGGCUUACGACGAUGAAACUGCCACUGCUGUAAUAAAAUUCAAGGAUAGAGAACAUGUCUUGAGGCUGAUAAGUGCUAAAGAUCUUCUAAGGUUCAGGGAAAGGGAUAUCCACACUCUGUCUCAUCACUAG